CAAGCUAAGUUUAUCAUGGUUACUAUGCUUACCAUGAAGAAAUUCAUUUUAAUGGCAGUCGCUGUGAGUAUUUGGGCUUUCAGAGGGGCAAGCAGCACUGGCUGCAGAACACUUUUUUUCAAUACAGACUUCAAGGAUAAAGUACUAGCCAAUCAUACGCUUCAUACUAUCAAGCCAAUCAAUGACAYCGACUCAUGCAUGCACAUGUGCUACAAGGAACCUUUGUGUUCAUCAGUMAAYUAUUGUAACAAACCAGGAGAGACACCUUACUGUSAGCUGAUCGACAYCGACCAAUCGCGACAUGGUGCAGAUAUGAUUGACAUGGAUGGAUGCUCAUUCCAAGGCACCAAGACUAGUUGCGCCAGUAAUCCAUGUCCYGGCAACACUACAUGCUCAGGUGACUACCUAACAGAGUCCAAGCCGUAUAAAUGUAUUUGUCCGGAAGGUUAUACAGGCGAUUACUGCGAAAAAGAUAUUGACGAGUGCAAAGCAAGCAGACAUAAUUGUCCAGCGGAAUCAUUUUGCAGCAAUACAAUUGGUGGAUUCAACUGUACUUGUAAAAGUGGUUUCCACGGCAACCAGUGUGAAGACAUCAACGAGUGCGCUUCUGAUAAGUAUAAUCUGUCUCACUGUGAGACAUGCACAAACAUCCCUGGUAGCUAUAUUUGUGCAUGUAAGCCGGGCUCAGAGGCUUGGAUUGUAUUAUUUGACUUUGAGACCGGCAAACAGGGAUGGACUAUGACUGGAACAGUGUUUAAUAAUCAGCCAACGUACGAAGACAAUGCCGGAAAAAGAGGAAAACCAGCAAAUAUCAAUGGAAAAUGGUGGAUAGGAGGAUAUGAAAAUCGACCAAGUCCUUCUCAUCCAGCAGGGAGUGUACAAGGUGAUGGACCUGUAGGAACAAUGACGUCACCGCCAUUCAAGAUACGUGGAUCNCUGUAUAAGACACAUUAA